ACGGGACGCUCUCGCGCCGUGAGGCUGUCUAGCUGGGUGCUAGGUGGUGCAGGGAGGCUCAAGACAUUUUCGUUAGGAUUAUCUAAACAUUACAGUGAAAACAGCCUUUUAACUCUCAAAAAUGGCGAAGCAAAGCUCCCUUUUCAAUUUUUUUACCAAGUCCCCGCCGCCGGUCUCGAAGCCGAAGCCGAGUCCUUCUCCGGCUGAGGCAGAUCUGCCGUCCUCCAUAGAGAAGUCCAACUCCUCUCCGAAAGAGCAGGCUAAACAGACACCGCAACAACAACCAGCCAAGACCAACAAAGUUAAACCGAAAAGUAACUCCAAGCCUGCGAAGGGGGGAUUCAACAAGCUCUUUGGCGACAAGGCCUCAACAACCAAAGAACGCUCCACAUGCACAUUAAAUGCUGGUGCUCUUGUGUGGGCAAAGCUGGAGGGACACCCCUGGUGGCCAUGCAUGGUGGUGCCCCAACCUCUGACUGGACAGCAGAUGAGGGGGCGUGGUCGGGACCAACGCAUACAUGUCCAUUUCUUUGAUGAACCCCCUACUAGAGGAUGGGUCAGCACCAAAUAUGUCCGGGAGUACCAAGGCUCUGACAGCAGUGAUGCUAAAACGGGAGGGGUGUUCUUCAGCGGGAAACCUGUAAUCCGUCAUGCAAUGGAGCUCGCUGAUGCCGUUAUGUUUGAUAGCUCUGAUAAAAGAUUGAAGAUGCCUCUCUGUAUGGAUCCGUCUGAUGAUGAAGAGGAUGAAGAUGAAGAAAUGGAGCUUGACAAUUCAACAGUGACUGAUGAAGAGGUCAGUGAUGAGGCUGAACAGAAAAAUAAGGAAGUGAAGUCAUCCAAGGUCAGUCGACGUUCAUCCCGUGCUUCAACAGAAAAGGGAAAUAAGGCCAAGCGCCGUCGCAUAAUUGUCGCCUCAGACAGUGAUGGAUCAGAUGAGGAAUUCAAACCAGAACACACUGCAUCCAGCAGUGAGGAUGAGGAGGAAGAAGGGACAGUGAGCAGUGAAGAGGAGGAAGCGGAGAGCACACAAGAGUCUGAAGCAGAAAGCCCCAUCAAGCCCGUAAAGCGCAAACGUCCCGCAGAAAAGUCUGUUCCUACAAAGGCCAAGAUGCCUAUUACCCCGUCUUUGGCAGCACCAAAACGAGCUCCAGCAGCUGCUGUUGCAGCUGACACCAAGUCUCGUUUGUCAGCCUUCUCUGCCCCUGACAACUUUGAGAGCCAGGCAAACGGAUCAGGCGCCAGUGGAGGCGCCACAGUUUGGGACCACGAGAAGCUGGAGUGGUUGCAGGAUGGAAGGAGGAAAGACAGCAAAAGGCGGCGACAGACGGAAGAUGACUACGAUCCUACCACCCUGUAUGUGCCAGAAGACUUUCUAAACAGAGUGACACCUGGUAUGCGUCGGUGGUGGCAGCUCAAAUCCAAUAUGUUUGAUACAGUGAUUUUCUACAAGGUGGGGAAGUUCUAUGAGCUCUACCACAUGGAUGCCGUGGUCGGUGUCAACGAGCUAGGGCUAACUUUCAUGAAGGGAGCCUGGGCACACUCAGGCUUUCCAGAGAUCGGCUUUGCACGUUUCUCAGAUGUACUUGUACAGAAAGGCUACAAGGUGGCUCGUGUGGAGCAGACGGAGACCCCAGAGAUGAUGGAAGCACGCUGUAAGACCAUGGCCAAGCCCACAAAGUUUGACCGCGUAGUGAAAAGAGAGGUGUGCCGGAUCAUCACACGUGGUACCCAAACCUACAGUGUGUUGGAUGGAGCUCCCUCUGAGAGUCAGAGCAAGUUCCUGUUGAGUUUGAAGGAAAAGGCUGAAGAGGAAAGCUCUGGGUGUUGCCGCACAUACGGAGUCUGCUUUGUAGAUACCUCUGUGGGUUAUUUCCACAUUGGUCAGUUUCCAGACGACCGUCACUGCUCACGUCUGCGCACUCUGAUGGCACACUUUGCCCCUGCUGAGGUGCUCUUUGAAAAGGGGAACCCAUCCGUUGAAACACGCAAAAUACUCAAGGCCUCCCUGUCCUCUGCUUUGCAGGAAGGACUUAAUGCCGGCACUCAGUUCUGGGAUGCUCAGAAAACACUUAAAACCCUUUCAGAAGAAGAUUACUUUAAAGACAGUGCUGGGAAGGAUCAGGGGACAGGGAGCAAUUUUCUUCCUGCUCUUCUUAAAGAGAUGACCUCUGAGAGUGAUUCUCUGUGCCUUACUCCUAAAGAUGGCUAUGAACUGGCACUGUCAGCACUGGGCGGAAGCAUUUUCUACCUGAAGAAAUGUCUGGUAGACAAAGAGCUACUCUCCAUGGCCAACUUUGAAGAAUAUGUCCCUGUUGAUGUUGAGAUGGAGAAAGCUGCUGGAACUGCCAGUUUCUUUGCCCAGACUCGUCAGCGGAUGGUUCUUGAUGGAGUGACUCUGGCAAACUUGGAAAUCUUUCAGAAUGGAUCGGGAGGAACAGAAGGGACGCUGCUGGAGCGUUUGGACACCUGCUCUACCCCGUUUGGCAAGAGGCUGCUGAAACAGUGGCUCUGUGCUCCUCUGUGUAACCCCACAUCCAUCAAGGACAGACUGGAUGCAGUAGAAGACCUGAUGGGAGCUCAGGCCCAGGCCACUGAGGUUUCAGACCUGCUGAAGAAGCUCCCAGAUUUAGAGCGUCUUCUGAGUAAAAUCCACAGCAUUGGCACUCCUCUAAAAGGCCAGGAUCACCCUGACACCAGAGCUGUUCUGUAUGAGGAGGUCACCUACAGCAAGCGCAAGAUAGCAGACUUCCUCUCAGCGCUGGAAGGUUUCAAAACUAUGCAGGAGAUCAUUUCUGUCCUCGCUCCAGUUUCAGGCGAAUUCCAAUCCACAUUGCUCCGUCAAGUUGUCACUCUGAAAAGUGGGCUCUUUCCUGAUCUGUCCGCUGAACUCAGGCGCUGGGAGACAGCCUUCGACCACCAGAAAGCCCGCACUACUGGUGUCAUUACCCCUAAAGCUGGCUUUGACCCAGAGUAUGACCAGGCUCUGAUCGGAGUCAAGAACUGUGAGCGAGAGCUGCAGGAUUACUUGGACAGGCAGAAGAAGAGACUUGGCUGUAAAAACAUGUCUUUCUGGGGAACUGGGCGAAACCGCUACCAGAUUGAGGUGCCUGACAGCGUCUCAGAGAGGAAUAUCCCUGAGGAGUAUGAGGUGAAAUCUACAAAGAAAGGCUGGAAGCGUUAUGUGACAAAGGAGAGUGAACGGCUGUUCUCAGAGCUGCAAGGAUUUGAGGAGAAGAGAGAUGCUGCCCUGAAAGACUGCAUGAGGAGGCUUUUCUACAACUUUGACAAGAACUACAGAGACUGGAAGACUGGUGUGGAGUGCAUGGCAGUGCUUGAUGUGCUGCUAGCUUUGUCACGCUACAGUCAGGGCGGAGACGGGCCGAUGACCAGGCCAGAGGUGGUGCUCCCUGAGUGCGACGACCAGGUAGCGCCCUUCCUUGACCUCACUGGAUCCCGCCACCCUUGUGUCACCAAGACCUUUUUUGGGGACGAUUUCAUCCCUAAUGACAUCUACAUUGGCUGCCCUGGUAGCGGUGAAAAUGAUGAGGAAAACAACGGUCAUGCUUCUUGUGUCCUCGUCACAGGGCCAAACAUGGGUGGAAAGUCUACUCUCAUGAGACAGUGCGGACUUGUGAUCAUGCUAGCUCAGCUGGGUUGCUAUGUUCCUGCCGAGAGCCUACGUUUCACACCGGUUGACAGGGUUUUCACUCGGCUGGGAGCCUCGGAUCGUAUUAUGGCUGGAGAGAGUACCUUCUUUGUGGAGCUAAGUGAGACUGCCAGCAUCCUUCACCAUGCCACUAAGCACUCAGUUGUGCUCCUGGAUGAAUUAGGAAGGGGCACAGCCACAUAUGACGGCACAGCAAUUGCCAGUGCUGUCGUGAAGGAGCUUGCUGAGAAGAUCUGCUGUCGCACCCUCUUCUCUACACAUUACCACUCCCUGGUGGAGGACUAUGCCAACAACCCUACUGUGAGGUUGGGCCACAUGGCGUGCAUGGUGGAGAAUGAAUGUGAGGAUCCAAGUCAAGAGACCAUCACAUUCCUCUACAAGUUCAUCUCCGGUGCUUGUCCGAAGAGUUACGGCUUCAACGCUGCUCGACUCGCCAGCCUGCCAGAGGAGGUUAUCCAAUCAGGACACAUGAAGGCCAGAGAGUUUGAGAGGAGCACCAUCAGCCUCAGACUCUUCAAGAAGCUCUGCCAGUUUGCUGAAGAUGCCACACUGGGCAACACACACUUCGCUUCACUUGUUCAGAUGCUGAACACCCUGUAGUUUAUAAGCUUCAUUCUUGCUGACUUUCUGCUUUCUCAGCACUUGAAAAAACACUACUGUAAUGAUCUAAUAAAGUUUAUUUUUUAAAAAUGACAA